AUGGGAGAAAUAACCCCAACUGACAAAAGCGAAGACCAGUCAAUGGUUAAUGCAUAUCAUGGAUUUGAUACUCAUGCAUCAGAAGAUAUACAAGAUUUAGCCAAAACUUUUACUCAUCAUUCAAUUGGCGAUGGUACUGAUGGUUUACAAAGAUAUCUUACAAAUAUGACAGAAGUACCAGGUAUAAAUCCUUACACCGAAGAUAUUUACACUAGUGACCAAUUGAAUCCAGACUCAGAUAAUUUUAAUGCAAAGUUUUGGAUCAAGAACUUGAGAAAAUUGUAUGAUUCAGAUCCAGAUUAUUACAAGCCAUCAAGAUUGGGAGUUGCCUAUAGAGAUUUAAGAGCUUAUGGUGUGGCCAAUGAUUCUGAUUACCAGCCCACUGUGGCAAACGCGGUCUGGAAGUUUAUCAAAGAGGGAUUGCAUUAUUUAGAAAAAGGUGAUGGCUCAAGGUAUUUUGAUAUUUUAAAAUCAAUGGAUGGAAUAAUGAAACCAGGUGAACUUACAGUUGUUUUAGGUAGACCAGGGGCUGGUUGUUCCACAUUGUUGAAAACAUUGGCUUCACAAACAUAUGGAUUUCAUAUUGGAAAAGAAUCAAAAAUCAGUUAUGAUGGUUUAACUCCUCCCGAAAUCGAAAAAACUUAUAGGGGUAAUGUUGUAUACUCUGCAGAAACAGAUGUUCAUUUUCCACAUUUGACUGUCGGACAAGUCUUGGAAUUUGCUGCUAGAAUGAGAACGCCACAGAACAGAGGUGAAGGUGUAGAUAGAGAAACAUAUGCCAAACACCUUGCUAGUGUUUAUAUGGCUACUUAUGGGUUAUCUCAUACAAGAAAUACCAAUGUGGGUAACGAUUUUGUCAGAGGAGUUUCUGGUGGUGAAAGAAAAAGGGUCUCCAUUGCUGAAGUUUCGUUGAGUGGUGCAAAUGUUCAAUGUUGGGAUAAUGCCACUAGAGGUUUGGAUGCUGCAACCGCAUUGGAAUUCAUCAGAGCAUUGAAGACUUCUGCUGCUAUUUUGGAAAGUACCCCAUUGAUUGCUAUUUAUCAAUGUUCACAAGAUGCUUAUGACUUGUUUGAUAAUGUUGUCGUUUUGUAUGAAGGUUUCCAAAUUUUUUUUGGUAAAGCCAAUAAAGCCAAGGAGUAUUUUGUAAACAUGGGAUACAAGUGUCCUCAAAGACAAACCACUGCUGACUUUUUAACUUCAUUGACUAAUCCAGCUGAAAGAGAGCCAUUACCAGGUUAUGAGAAUAAAGUCCCAAGGACUCCUCAAGAAUUUGAAGCAUAUUGGAAGAAAUCCCCAGAGUAUACUGCAUUGGUUAAUGAAAUUGAUUCAUAUUUCAUUGAGUGUGAGAAAUUAAACACCAGACAACUCUACCAAGAUUCACAUGUUGCAAGACAAUCCAACAAUAUUCGUCCAUCUUCACCAUAUACUGUAUCAUUUUUCAUGCAAGUAAAGUAUGUUAUACAAAGAAAUUUCCUCCGUAUGAAAGCUGAUCCAUCGAUUCCGUUGACUACUAUUUUCUCACAACUAGUUAUGGGACUUAUUCUUGCCUCGGUAUUUUACAAUCUUCCUGCAACUUCAGGUUCUUUUUACUACCGAUCCGGUGCGCUUUACUUUGGUUUGUUAUUUAAUGCUAUUUCGUCCCUACUUGAAAUUAUUGCCCUUUUUGAAGCAAGACCCAUUGUUGAGAAACAUAAAAAAUAUGCCCUUUAUCGUCCAUCAGCAGAUGCAUUAGCAAGUAUUAUAAGUGAGUUACCAGUUAAGUUUUUUCAAUCCUUGUGUUUCAACAUUCCUUUCUAUUUUAUGGUUAACCUUAGAAGAGAUGCUGGUAGAUUCUUCUUUUAUUGGUUAAUUGGUAUAUUAGGUACAUUCAUUAUGUCACACUUAUUCAGAUCUAUUGGUGCAGUAUUUACUACUUUAGCAGGUGCUAUGACUCCGGCGGGGGUGAUUUUAUUAGCAAUGAUAUUAUUUGCUGGAUUUGUCAUUCCAUUUCCAAGCAUGUUGGGUUGGUCUAAAUGGAUAAAAUGGAUAAAUCCUGUCACUUAUUUGUUUGAAUCACUUAUGGUAAACGAGUAUCAUAAUAGAGAGUUUGAAUGCAGUGAUUUCGUACCUAUGGGACCAGGAUAUGAGAAUCUUAGUCUUGAAAAUAAGGUUUGUUCAAGUUUGGGUGGCAUCCCUGGUAGUGCUUUUGUUCAAGGUGAUGAUUAUUUAAGACUUGGAUUUGCCUUUUCUAACUCCCAUAAGUGGAGAAAUUUUGGUAUAUCUGUUGCGUUUGCUGUGUUUCUUUUGUUUCUUUAUGUUGCAUUGACUGAACUCAAUAAAGGUGCUAUGCAAAAAGGUGAAAUUGUGUUGUUUCUUAGAGGAUCUUUGAAGAAAUACAAGAGAAACUCCAGUAGCGCAGAUAUUGAAUCCGGUAAAGAAAUAGUGAAAUUUAAUUUCCAAGACGAAGCAGAAUCUUCUAAUAGUGAUCGUAUUGAUGAAAAGGGUUCUACGGGCAGUGAAGAAUUACUACCAGACAACAGAGAAAUUUUCUUUUGGAAGAAUUUGACAUAUCAAGUCAAGAUUAAGAAAGAAGAUAGAGUCAUUUUAGACCAUGUUGAUGGUUGGGUUAAACCAGGUCAAAUUACUGCAUUGAUGGGUGCAUCUGGUGCUGGUAAGACCACUUUGUUGAAUUGUUUAUCUGAGAGAGUAACUACUGGUGUUAUUACUGAUGGUGUGAGAAUGGUUAAUGGUCAUGCGUUAGAUUCUUCGUUCCAAAGAUCAAUUGGUUAUGUGCAACAACAAGAUGUUCAUUUACAGACAUCUACAGUUAGAGAAGCGUUGCAAUUCUCCGCAUAUUUGAGACAAUCAAACAAAAUAUCUAAGAAGGAGAAGGAUGAAUAUGUUGACUACGUCAUUGACUUGUUGGAGAUGACUAACUAUGCGGAUGCAUUGGUUGGUGUUGCCGGUGAAGGUUUGAAUGUUGAACAAAGAAAGAGAUUAACCAUCGGUGUUGAAUUAGUUGCCAAGCCUAAGUUGUUACUAUUCUUGGAUGAACCAACUUCUGGUUUAGACUCCCAAACUGCCUGGUCUAUUUGUAAGUUGAUGAGAAAGUUAGCUGAUCAUGGUCAAGCUAUCUUGUGUACAAUUCAUCAACCUUCCGCACUUAUUAUGGCUGAAUUCGAUAGAUUGUUGUUUUUGCAAAAGGGUGGUAGAACUGCUUAUUUUGGUGACUUGGGUAAAAACUGUCAAACCAUGAUUGACUACUUUGAAAAACACGGAGCAGAUCCAUGUCCCAAAGAAGCCAAUCCAGCAGAAUGGAUGUUGGAAGUUGUUGGUGCCGCUCCAGGCUCCCAUGCUAAACAGGACUAUUUUGAAGUUUGGAGAAACUCUGACGAAUAUAGAGCUGUUCAAAAUGAAAUCACCCAUAUGGAAACUGAAUUAGUUAAAUUACCAAGAGAUGAAGAUCCCGAAGCACUUUUGAAAUACGCUGCACCCAUUUGGAAACAAUAUUUGCUUGUUAGUUGGAGGGCGAUUGUACAAGAUUGGAGAUCACCUGGAUAUAUAUACUCCAAAUUUUUCUUGAUUAUCGUGUCAUCUAUAUUGAUUGGAUUUUCAUUUUUUAAAGCCAAAAAUACAGUUCAAGGGUUGACGAAUCAAAUGCUUGCUAUAUUUAUGUUCACAGUUCAAUUCACAACUAUUAUUGACCAAAUGUUGCCAUUUUUUGUUCGACAACGUGAGGUGUAUGAGGUUAGAGAAGCACCUUCCAGAACAUAUAGUUGGGUUGCCUUCAUUACAGGUCAAAUAACUUCAGAGCUUCCUUAUCAAAUAAUUGUUGGAACGAUUGCUUUCUUCUGCUGGUACUAUCCUGUUGGAUUAUAUACCAAUGCUGAACCUACACAUAGUGUGACUGAACGUGGUGCCUUGAUGUGGUUGUUUAUUACUUCAUUUUUUGUUUACACAUCAACAUUUGGUCAAUUAUGUAUGUCAUUCAAUGAAGAUAUUGAAAAUGCUGGAACUGUUGCUGCUACAUUAUUCACCUUGUGUUUGAUAUUUUGUGGUGUUAUGGUUGUUCCAGAGAAUAUGCCACGAUUUUGGAUUUUCAUGUACAGAUGUAAUCCAUUUACUUAUAUGAUUCAAGGUGUUCUUUCAACGGGAUUAGCUCGCAAUAAAGUUGUUUGUGCUGCAAGAGAACUUGUUCUGCUUCAACCACCAAAAGGUCAAACUUGUUCUUCAUUCUUGGAUCCUUAUAUCAGUGUGGCUGGAGGUUAUUAUUUACCUAAUAAUGAUGGAACUUGUUCAUUCUGUUCAGUAGAUAAUACUGAUAUGUUUUUACAUCGUAUCCAUGCCUUAUACAGUGAGAGAUGGAGAAAUUUUGGAUUAUUUAUUACAUUCAUUGUGAUUAAUGUUGUCUUGACUGUAUUCUUUUAUUGGUUAGCUAGGGUACCAAAAGGGUCAAGAUCAAAGACUAAAAAGUGA